UAUAAAGUACGGGUAUAUGCACUAACAGUUUAUCUUGUACUUCCUGUUUUACAGUGGACACAAUGUAAUGUUGUUUGGUAGCAAUGAAGAUGAUUUCAAAGCUGCAACCAUAUGUAUUUUUAAUUAUCAUAACGACGUUUUUUGUUACAGUAACAGCGCAAAUAAAUCUGGCUUUACAUGGAAUAGUAGCACAAGAAACAACAUUUAAAGACGCAGCUGGUAUUUCAUACAAUGCAAACCUGGCAGUAGAAGGACAUGCGAAUAAUAAUUGGGCAGAUGGAUGUUCAUCUACAGCUGAUAACCAAACGACAGCAUGGUGGCGUCUAUUUCUUCCCAAAUUAGCCUACAUUACAAAUGUUAAGUUUUAUCUACGGAGUGAUGAACCAGAGCGCAUGAAUGAUUUCCGAUUGUACUUUUCAAAUGACACUGUGUAUGCUAAAAGUGAACGGUGCUAUAGAGAUACGAAAAACCAAGCCUACCGAAACCUGAAUCAGAGUAUCGAUUGCGAUUUAAGCCCUACCAAGAAUGUUUAUUUCUUCAACAGAAAUACACUCAUCGAAUUAUGUUACAUAGAGGUAUAUGGAAAAGUAUUAAAACAAUAUUUUUUAGAAUCAGACGGAUGAACUCUAUAAGCCCAAUUCAAUUAAAAAGAAAAUACAAGUUGCAUUUUUAUCUAAACGAACUAUUAAUU